GUCUCCGCCCCUAAAGUUUUCGAAAAACCAAGCCCUAAUUUUUCGAACCCAAAUCCCCAAUUCAAUCGAAUUUUCAGUUCACUUCAAGAUUUCCCCAAAUCAGGAACGCUAGACUCCAUGGCGUCGAGGAAAAAAGAAUCCGAAGGGAUUGCCUUGCUAUCCAUGUAUAACGACGAAGACGACGAAGAGAUGGGGGACAUUGAAGAAGGUGACAACCAACGAAGCCGACAAGCUGGAGAACAAGAACAAGAAGAGGGGGAAGAAGAAGAGCAGCAACCGUUUGAGGAAGAAAACGAGCACAGAGAAUCUAACAACAUGGAAGAAGAUUCGAGAACUAACGAUAACACGCCGCCGUUUCUUCACCAAAGUUCAUCUCUUUCGCAAAAACAGCAGAACCCUUCCGUUUCUUCGCCACGACAACAUCGACCUGUGGUUUCUUCGAAUAGAAGUAGAGGAGGAAGGCUUGCUAUUGUUGAUUAUGGCCACGAUGAAGCUGUCAUGUCACCGGAGCCGGAGGAAGGGGAAUUAAGAAGCAAUGAUGACCUUAUGAUUGGCAUAGAGCAACCAAAUGCCAAUGGUGAUUUUCAAAGAAUAACGCCUUUGACUCCACAAUCAUCAGAUUUAGAACCAUUAGUGCCUGAGGCCUUGACCAAUGCUGUUACCGAAUCAGAAGGUGUAGAAGUUGAAGAAACUGUUUCUGUAGACAAUGUUUAUCCUUUGGAUAAGUUUCUUCCACCUCCACCAAAAGCCAAGUGCUCAGAGGAGUUACAAAGGAAAAUAGAUAAAUUUCUCAACUUGAAGCUAGUUGGGAAAAGCUUCAAUGCAGAAGUUCGUAAUAGGAAGGAUUAUAGGAACCCGGACUUUUUGCUGCAUGCUGUGAGGUAUCAAGACAUUGAUCAGAUAGGGUCUUGCUUCAGUAAAGAUGUAUUUGAUCCACAUGGAUAUGACAAAAGCGAGUAUUAUGAUGAAAUAGAGGCUGAUAUGAAACGUGAAAGAGAGAGUAAGGAACAAGAAAGCAAGAAGAAUCAAAAUGUUGAUUUUGUAUCUGGUGGAAGUCAACCUGGAUCAGUUCUUACUGCCCCAAAAGUUAACUUACCUACUGCAGUUGUGGGUGCUGGUGGAUUGCCUUCAGCUCCAACUGCAGUGGACAACAUUGUUCGUGAUGGUAGACAAAACAAGAAAUCAAAAUGGGAUAAGGUGGAUAGUAAUAGAAGAAAUCCUCUACCUGCUGGGGGGCAGCAUUCUCUAUCUGCUGCUGGAGCACAUACUGUUAUUUUAUCAGCUGCUAAUGCUGGAAGUGGGUACACAGCUUUUGCACAACAGAAACGGCGAGAAACAGAAGAGAAGAAAUCCAGUGAAAAGAGGUUGGAUAGAAGAUCUUGAGGUCAUUUCUUUUAGUUUUGGUACAAAUGUUCCCAAAAACUGUUUUGAGGCUGAGAACCAGUAAUGCUUAUGGUAAAUUUAUACACUUAAAUUGUACCUUGUAGAUCACUUAUUACCUAAAUUUAGCCACAUAAUGAUGUACUGAUACAAGAAUACUUGAAAGCCUUCUUAGUUUUGUGCCAAAUACAUGGCCCACCCAA